AUGAACCGCACUAAGGGUAAAAGUCAGCGAAAGGGCGCGCCAAAGUCCGCUGGCACCAAACAGCUGGCCGGGCCUGGCAAUGGUUCUGGUUCAGCGGGUCCAGCAGCGGUCCAAGCGAGUGCCGUUGAGCCUACAUCUUCAAAAUCCACGAGCCGAAAAAUGAGUAAUCGGAGUGGAAAAAGUGGAACCAAGUUCAAAGACGUUACAGCUAAAGUUGAUACCGGUCGAGUGUUGGAAACUAAGCUAACUGGCGGUAUGAAACCCGCAAACAUUCCUGACGGGACCGGUCCCGCGAAAAUGGAACGUUCCAAUAGUUUCUUCUUAACGCGAAAAAUUUCUCAAAUUUACUCAAAGUUUAGUGGAAGUCGUGAAAGUUUAGGCAUGCCUGAUGAAGAAACGCAAAAACCGUUCACAUUCAAACGGAGCCUUAGUUUAUCGACCAUUCAAAUCAAUCGAAACACUCGGAGAGUUCAAAAUGAGUCCAAUUUGCGUAAACUACACGAGGAAGCAAUUCUCGAGCAUGCAGAAAGUGGUGAAGAGCCUUUAGUAAACAUUCCGAAAACGCCCGAAACGCCCAAAGUCGAGAUUCCAAAAUUGGAACGAUCAAACAGCAUCUUGGCAUCUUUCCGUCGUAAAAUAAGCUUCCGAUCAGAUAAAAAACCGAAGCUCCCAACCAAAUGGAAUACUUCCUUGCAGAAUCUCCGUCAGGAAGAUUUCAUGGUCAGUUACGACGAUCUGAGUUUCGUGGAUUACGAUCAGUUCAAUCAAUACGAAGCUACGCUUGAAAGGCGGCUGAGUUCUAGUCAGUUUGAUCUCUCUCCGAAGCUUCCGAAUCCACCCGCGUCCCCAUCGGUCAGUUUUCCGGUGGUUGAAGUUGUCAAUCCGACGGUCAUCAAACGACGUCAAAAAACCGAUCUCGAUCUGCGCCGCAAAACUCUAGUCCGGCGAAGUUUCGAUUUCGAAACCAAUCUCGACCAGGACAAGAACCUCUACCGGAAUAGCAUCGAUGGCGACAAACUCCGCAUUCUCGGGAAAGUGAAUCGCAAAUCGUUCCGAUGGAGUGCCGAUGUGGAACGCGACGUGGACGCGCUCAAUUUGGACAGUUUGGAUCAGCUGGGAACUGGUGCAUCUGGUGGGGCAAUAGUGGUGGGGUCGAUGAGGCCGCUCGCUCCACAUAAUCGUGUAAAUUCCGACGGGUUUGACGAGCGUUCGAUUGAUGUGUGUGAUAGUGGGGUGAUUGAUGGGGAGAACGGUGGUGAUGAAGAAAGUUACAAGAGUGAUAAGAAAAAGCGCACCAGUGUAAGUGAUGGCUAUGUGAGCCGCAAUCAAAGCCUGAAGCGGUCUCGAUCUUGCAAUGAUGGGCUGGAGGCAUCGCCGAGAGGCGGCCGGCUGCUGCUGGAACAGGUGAGCUUUCUAGCCUCUUUGGUUGUACCUUGUAUCGUUCAUUGCGCUUGA